AUGCAGACUGCUUCUACAAACAUUUGUGAAAGACUGUGCAAUAAGUCCAUCCGUGACAUUUCCUUGCUACUAAAUAUUCCGUGGCCAACUGUUAGUGGUAUUAUAACAAAGUGGAAGAAACUGGGAACAACAGCAACUCAGCCACACAGUGAUAGGCCACGUAAAAUGACAGAGCGGGGUCAGCACAUGCUGAAGCACACAGUGCGCAGAAGUCGGCGACUGUCUGCAGAGUCAAUAGCUAAAGACUUCCAAACUUCAUGUGGCAUUCAGAGUAGCACAACAACAGUGCAUAGAGAGCUUCAUUGAAUGGGUUUCCAUUGCAAAGCAGCUGCAUUCAAGCCUUACAUCACCAAGUGCAAUGCAAAGGAUGCAGUGGUGUAAAGCACGCCGCCACUGGACUCUAG